GGUAACUUACUUUGCCUACGAAAGAAGGUGUACACCUUUUGAUAUAAUUUAAUCUCUGAUAAAUUCCAAGGGAAUAUAUCUAUGCAUAACUGGCUGGCACAAGGGCCGGAACAAGGCAAGUAAACGUAUGAGACCUCCUCGUCCAUUAUGACGGGGAAAAGAGGGAGGCGGGGCCGGGAGAAGAGACGCGCACGGGAAGGCUGUGCGGUGACACGACCCGUCCCGCUCGACAACUGCGACACAACCAUACGCCUCAACCGCUGGCUCAAGAAACACGGGUUCAGGAACACUAGUAGACUGCGCCCUGCCGAUUUUCCCGGAACGGGACGAGGACUGAUGGCGUGCAAGUCGAUCAGCUCCGGACAGGUUCUCGUGUCUCUACCUCGUGAGCUGAUGAUAACAACGCAGACGGUGCUUGACUCCUACCUCGGUCCCCACGUCAGCAGCUGGCAUCCGCGACUGGCGCCGGUGGACGUGCUCAGUGUCUUCCUCGUCUGUGAGCGUUGCUGCGGCGACCGGUCGCCAUGGCAACCAUACGUUGACUCGCUGCCAGAGCGCUUCACGACACCGGCGUACUUCACGCGGCGGGAGCUCCGCGAGCUUCCACGGAGCCUCGACGACGCCGUGCGGAGGCAGCGCACCGCCAUCGCUGCGUCGUACAAUGACGUGAAGAAAUUCAUGGACGAACUUGAAAAGAGCUUUCCGGAAUUUCGCGGCACGAUGACGCAGGACGCCCACUGCUGGGCGUGGCACAUCGUCAAUACGAGGUCGGUGUACAUGGGGAUAUUCUAA